AGAACCUGCGGCUCAAGUCGGGUAGUUGGGUAGAUAUUUCCUGCCUUUCGAGGGAAGCAGCUCAGGCAUGUCAAUGACCGACCGGCUCAGGGAAUACCAUCGGACCCUGCGACAGAAGCGGGGUGAAGAGCUGUCUAUGAAACAAGUUGCUGGUUCCUUUGGAGGACUCUACGCAGUCAUCCACCUGCUCCAGUACUUUGAUAUUUGGACGCUUUUGCUGCUGAUGGUUGGUGUCUACUUUGUGUACAGGCAAAUUCAGGAGAAUUGGAGCAAGAUCAUGGCUACCUUUUCCCAGGAAAAUUCAGAGCCGCCGGUGAGUGCAGCAAGUAGCAAAAGCACAAAGUCCAAAGGGAAGAAAGCACCGAACCGGUCGGAGUGACAUUUGAGUUCGUGAGACUUGUGUGGGUCCAGCAGAUCCCACGCCAGGACACUGUAGCUUUGCCUUUCACAGAAUUUUCGUUCUGAAAACGAGAGCGGAAUAGGCUUCGCACCAAAAACAGGUUGCACCAGCUUGCUCAGUCUUGCUGGCAAAAGUUGCAGCAUCGGAUCAGUAUGAUCCACCAGUGGUGGAGAAUCGGCUUUGGGAUCCGAGUGCUGAGCUGGAGAGAGGUAGAGAAUAGGUAAAGAAUUUGGCACUGGCUAGCUGAAACGGCACAUAGCCUCCAUCCUUGCACUCUAAAAUGCGGUGUAAAA